CGCGGGACCUGAGUGGGUUAUGGCGGUUUUGAGUGUGAAGGGAAAUAACGGCAGGUGAAUGCUUAAAUAACCUUUGGAAAAAGUGCUGGUGCUAAAAAGAUGGAUUCUACACUGGGCUUCUUGGAUGGCAGAGGCAAAGCCUUUUCUCCAUAUGAUAGUUUGGAAAAUGGCAAGAGGUCAAGGGCAGCUGUGCUUGGAGUUAAGAGGAAAUUAAAUGAUUCAGUUGACCUCAGCAAAACAUUUCCACGAACGGUGAGACCUGCCCUCCAGAAGAUAGUUGCAGGAACAUACUGGAAUUUAGAGUCAUUUACAGGUGAUUCUCUGAACUCCUACUGUUAUUCUUCUGUGGCUUCUCAAAAUCUUCUCUUGCCAAAUCUUAGUGGUUCCUUCUCUUGCCCUGAGCCGGCCUCAAAUGUAUCAAGCAACUUUUGGAAUCUUUUAGGAGGUGACAACAAUUCAACUCUCCCCACUACAGUACGGAAUCCUAACAAAGCCAUACUGACAAUAGACAGCUUGACUACAGAGAUACUGGUGGCCAAUGACAUGGCUUGUAAGCUGCUAUGUUAUAGUAGCAAAGAACUGAUUGGUCAGAAAUUAUCUUCAUUCAUAUCAAAUUCCAUUCAUGGGCUGGAAGAAGCCCUGUGCGAAGAACAUCCAGAAGUUGAUGGACAAGUUGUGACUGUCUCUGGAAAAGUGAUUGAUGUUAUUGGCAAGGGUGGAGUACAGAUACCAGUGUCAUUCUGGAUGAAGCGCAUGGCUGGUGAAGAGAGAGAGUGCUGUGUUGUGGUGAUGGAACCUGUGGAGCGACUUACUGCUUCUGUCACAUUUGCGAACACUGGCAGAAUUUUAUCAUGUGACAGACCGUUUGCCUAUCUCCAUGGUUACGCAACUGAAGAAGAGAUUGUUGGUUUUUCAAUAACUGAUGUCAUACCUUCAGUAAAGAUACCCGCAUUGUGUAAGAAGAUACCAAAGAAUUUGAAAAUUCAGCGAGCUGUUGGCAGAGCUAAAGAUGGCAACACUUUUCCUCUCAGUAUUAAACUCAGCCUUAAAAUCCCAGAGAAACACGACACUGACAUUCAGAAUUGUAUUCAGGUAGCAGCAGGAUCUCAGGAUGAUGUGAAUCAAGCAAUCAAAGACCAAGAGACCGUUUUCUCUGGAGUUUUGUGGGUUUUUACUACCAUCAGUGGACUGAUCACUCUUCUGCCGGAUGGAGCAAUCCACAGUUUGAAUAAUAACUUUGCUCUUAUGUUGUUUGGCUAUAAGAAAGCGCAGUUGUUGGGCAAGAACAUUACCUUUUUAAUUCCUGGUUUCUAUGACUACAUGGACCCAAUAGAUGAUGGCUUUCUACCAUUACCUCCUUUGGAAGAUGAAAUAGAAUUGUGUUGUAAAGGUGAGGCAAGUGAAGGAGGGUGUCGUAAUUACACAGUGCUAUCUGACAAUAUGCCAGAAGACCACAAUGGUGCAGAUGGCAUAAACCUGCUUGGUGAUGACAUCAAGAUGUCUAAUAAUCCCCUUGCAGUAUCUGGCACAACAAGAAAAGAUCCAAGCCAGUUUGCUCCUGGAAAUCAAGCUCUUCUAAAACAGGGAAAACACUGUUGUGCAGGACCAAGUGUCCCAAUAUUUACUGGAACCAAUUCAAGGCAAAAUAGUGAUGGUAGCCUGCCUUCCACCAUGUCUUCUCCAAAAGUCACCUUGACUCUUUUCAAAAGGCCAGAGAGUGAUGACACAAGUGAAAUGAUUAUCCAGGCUAACCAACUUCAACCCAUAAAAGAAAACAGCAUUCUGUUGUCAUCUAUUACACCAGUUGGUUCAAAAGGUACAGACAGAUUUGUAUCUCAAAGUGUAGAAGUAAAUAGUGAGGAGACCAAGGAACAUUUGGAUUCAAGGGACUUCACUGUGCCACAGUGCUCUGUUGCUGUGUGUCAACAGUGUCCAGUCUCAAAGGCUUUUGCAGUAUCCUGUCAUGAAGGAGUGGGUGCACAUCUUUUGCCAAUAUGCCAUCGCCAAACCAGUAUGUCAGGAGAUAAAUCACCCUUUUCAAAUCAAGAUGGCAAUUUUAUUCAACAGUAUGGCAAUAUCUGCAAUUCUCCAGGGACUCCUACCCUGGAUGAAAAGUUGCCUGGAGGUGGCACAUGUACAUGCAGAAUUCACCUGAAACCUGACGAAGAUAAAAUCAUGCAUCGUAAUUGUCCUCCCAGUAAAUGUAAUGAAGUGGGCAUAACUAAUGAUGAAACUGCAUGGCAACAAGUCUUUUAUACACCUCGUAUGCCGUCUGAAAACCACAAUGAGCAACGCAAUGGCUACGAAGAAAGCCAUGUAGCAAUUACUUCUGCUGGAUUAAAUGCUCAAAUAAACCCAUCUGGAAGGAAACAUGAGCAAUGUGGCACAAAGAUUGCAAACCAGCCAGAGGUUGAUGUCAACCCAAUUCUUUAUGGUCUUAAAGAUCUAGAGCUCAGCAGUGAGUCUGAAGUUAUUUCUGUAGAUCAGUCUGGCACUUCUUGCACUACCUCAGAACUUCUCAGGACUCCAUCACCUUAUACAAUUGAUUCAGAUCUUGAAUCAGAACAUGAACAAAACAAAAUGAUUUUUCUGAAGGAAGUUGAUACAUCUUGCAAUUACCAAAGUAAAAAAUUAACUAGGCAGUGCAUGGGAGCAUCAGAUCGAUUCUCUGCUUGUCCAAGGAUGACUGGUGUUCUGCCUGAAGGAGCAAUUUACAGUCAGGGUCACCCCUGUAAUUGUGAAAUAAGUCCCAGCAAGCUCCCAAUGUGGCACAGUCCUUGUCUGGAAUUGACGGAAAGUAAGGAUGAAAUGGAGGGACAUGCAACAUCAACACCAAAAUCCCAGAGCUAUUGGAAUGGAAAGGCUUCCUUGAGGCCCAAAUAUGAAAUUAAUGAGGGAAACUUUAGUGGAAAUUGCUAUCACAGGGAUGGUUCUAGACUAUGUAUUGUGUUUCAGGUCAAACGUCUACAGUUGCAAGAUGGAGGAAAUUUAUAUUGUGUGUGGGUAAUGCGGGAUCAUACACAGAGUCGGAGAGAGGCUGCACUGAAGAAUCUUUUGAUGUCCACUCUGAAUAGCACACCUCUAUCUGCAGAGCAUUCUUUUAGCCUGGGAGAGGUUAUAAUGGAAACUGCUAAGUCGCAUGGUUUGAAGUAUUCAGAAGAUGUUGAGACAAUGGAAGCUUGUGAAGGAGAAUACUCUGAGUACUAUACCACUGUCAGCCCACUAGGGAAGGGAGCUUUUGGCUUUGUGUGGACAGCACGUCAAAAAGUUAGCCAAAAAGAGGUUGUGGUGAAGUUUAUUCGAAAGGACAAGAUCGUUGAGGACUGCUGGGUUGAUGACGUGGACCUAGGCAGAGUGAGUCAGGAAAUUGCAAUUCUAGCAAGACUCAACCAUCCCAACAUAAUUAAGGUACUUGAUGUGUUUGAGAACCUGAAUUUUUUUCAACUAGUGAUGGAGAAACAUGGAACUGGUCUGGACCUCUUUGAAUUCAUUGACCAGCAGCCAGACUUGGAUGAACCCUUAUCCAGCUUCAUAUUCAGACAGAUCGUGGCCGCUGUGGAUUACCUGCACAGUAAGCGCAUUCUCCAUCGGGAUAUCAAGGAUGAGAAUGUCAUUAUUGAUGAGAAUUUCACCAUUAAGCUUAUAGACUUUGGCUCAGCUGUGAAUUUGGAGCCUGGGAAAGUUUUUCGUACGUUUUAUGGAACAAUUGAAUACUGCUCUCCAGAGGUGCUGAUGGGAAACCCGUAUUCUGGAUCUGAGUUGGAGAUGUGGUCCCUGGGAGUGACCUUGUAUACCCUGGUCUUCGCAGAGAAUCCAUUCAGUGAUGUGGAAGAGACAGUAGCAGCUGUGCUAAGACCACCUUUCCAAGCCUCCAAUGAUUUUAUGAACCUGGUAUCAGCUAUGCUGCAGCCUGAGCCUUGCCUCCGUCUGACUUUGGAAGAACUAAUGAAGAACCCCUGGGUGACACAGCCAGUCAAUCUGUCUCUCUACACCUGGGAGGAAGUGUAUUCUGCCAAAGAAAGACCUACAAGCUGCUGUGCUAUGGCUGGAGACGACCGCGGGUCAUUCAUUCCCCCUCUGAAUGUUGCUAGCGCUGAGAAUGAAGCAAAAGCUGGCAAGUUUUGCUCUGCAGAUAACCUCCAUGCUGAACACUUGCACUGUGGUCUUUACAAAAAUGAUGAGAACACAGUGCCUGAAACACUGCCAUCUCCAGCAGAGUUGCAGUCUGACUUUGUAGAAUAGCUAGGACUGAGAAGAAAUUCUUCCACACCAAACCAGGACAUGGGUGGCUGCAUUUGCAACUCAGUUUUAACAUUUUUAAGGUCUGCACAGUGUGUUCUUUAAAUAUAUUGUUAGAAACAGUAGGGUUCCCAUUAUUCCUGUGAAAGGAGUAACUGCUGGGGAAAGUAGGAUCUAAUGUGGCUAAUAUAAUUUUCAAAACUUAAACAACUACUGUUUUGCGGCAGCCAUCCUAGACAGCUGUGUGAGUUGAAAUUGAGUAAUGAGGUGUGGUGGCUGGGAUUUUGUCAAAUCCUACUUACAUUAUGCACUUUGUCCAAAAAUUGUAACUUUUCUAUCCUUGGGACCUGAGGCAGUU